CGGAAUGCAUUGACGAAUACAUCAAGUAUAGAACAGAAGCCUAUGCAGCAGAACAAGCAGCAGCAGCAGCAGCAGCAGCAGCAGCAGGCUCGACGGUGCAGCAGCAGCAAGCUUUCCAAACAGCAGCAGAAAACACCCCAAAUGGAAUUGUUCCCAAAACAGCUCUGCGGCCUAGCGCCUUUCAUGCUGCAGUGGAGGAGGCGGUGCUGCAGCAGCUGCGAGCAGCAGCAGGAACUGCUGCUGCUGCUAAUGCCCUGGGCAUUGCUUUAGCAGCAAAAAGAAUUCAAGAGACUGAGCUGCUGCUGCGCAAGGCAGAUAACCAAGUCGAGCUCCUCAACUAUCUGUCUACAAAUUUAUACUCUUUGGUUUCUUGCAAACCAUUUCAAAGAGAAGUUUUGGGGCUGCUGGUUAAGCUGUACAAGGAGCUGCUGAGCAGCAGCAGCAGCAGCAGCAGCAGCAGCAGCAGCAGCAACGGGGAGCAGCAGCAGCAGCAGCAGCAGCAGCAGCAGCAGGAGCUUCCGCCGCUGCAGCUGGACCAGCCCGAGGUGUACAGACAGCUCUGCCGCUGCUUGCUGCUGCAGGGAGACACAGCAGCAGCUGCUGCUGUGCUGCAGCAAAUGCUAGCAGCAGCAGCAGCACCAGCAGCAGCAAACCUCCCCAAGCCGCAGCUGCUGGCCUACCAAAUCGCCUUCGACCUCGUGGACCUCGAGAUGCCGAAGCAAAUGGCGGCUCUCCUGGCGCAUCCGCUGCUGGCCUAUCCUGCUGCUGAGGAGGAGCAGCAGCAGCAGCAGGUGGAAGAGCAGCAGCAGCAGCAGCAGCAGCAGCAGCAGCAGCAGGCUGAUGAGCAGCAGCAAGAGGUUCAGGCGGGCGGAGCAGCAGCAGCAGGAGCUGCUGCUGCUGCAGCAGCAGCAGCAGCAGCAGUGCCAGUUGCAGCAGCAGAAGAUGAGGACGCCGCUGCUGCUGCUGCUGCUGCUGCAGCAGAAGAAGAAGAAAGAAGAGCAGCAGAAUCAAAAGAUCCUUACACACGAAAGCUGUCGGUGCUGCGGAGCAUUUUGAGCGGUUUGGUUUCUUUAGAAUUUCGUUUGGAGGUUUUGAACAGAAAGUCCCAAACAGAUAUGCAUUUGCUGGACAUGUACAAGGGUUUCGUGGACAGCCGCCAGUCGCUGCUGCAGCAGGGUUUGCUGCUGCUGCAGGCGCUGCAGCAAAGCAACACUGGCUGCGAUUUAUUCUUAAGAAGAAAUUUGGAUUGGCUUAAGAAGGCUGUUAGCUGGGCCAAGUUCUCUGCUACAGCUUCCAUUGGAGCCAUUCACCGG